CAAAACAUAAAUCAAAAAUUUAAUCAAUCACACGUGCCGAAUUGCAGUUUCCCAUAGUCUCGUCGCUAUUCCCGGGCAAUUAAGUAUACGCCAGUUUCGCACUACUUCGCGACGGGAAGCGGAAGUCUAGCUGCCUGUUGCCGUCUCUGUAGUUGGCUCUGCAGUGGUAGUGGCCAUGGUGAAGGUGUAGCUGGAACACUAAGCUGGCAGCGGAAAUCGAGGAAGUGUUGGGACCUAUGAUGCCCCGACUCCGGCUUAAGCACACAAAUCCGUCAUAAUGCAGCGCUGAGGCCAGCGGAACAAGCAAAUAGAAGCCAUCGCACUUCAGGGCCAACGCAGGAACAAUCGCAGGACAAGGGUGCUCCGCUUGACGACUAGCGAUUUCCAAACAAGAGACGUCGACAAAGCGACCAGCGACAUGGCGGACCUAGAGCGCAUUCGCCUCGUCCUUCUGGGCGGCGCCGGCGUGGGCAAGAGCUCCAUUGUGAAGCGCUUCCUGUUCAAAACCUACACGGACAAAUAUCGUGCCACUGUCGAGGAUCUCUACAAUCGCGAGUACGACCUGGGAGGCGUCACACUGAAGGUGGACAUCUUGGACACGUCGGGUGACAUGCAGUUCCCGGCCAUGCGGCGCCUGUCCAUCGCAACGGCCCACGCGUUCAUGCUCGUCUACGCGGCCACAUCCGCGCCCAGCUUCCAGUGUGUGAAGCAGUGCUUCGAGGAGAUCCGCGAGCAGCGCGGCGACUUCCAGGACAUCCCCAUUGUGAUCGCCGGGAACAAGGCCGACCUGGCCACCACCCACAGAGAGGUCAAGCUGGAGGAGGUGACCGACUGGGUCUUCUGCGAGCUGCCGCGCUUACGGGCGAAAGUGCUGGAGUGUUCGGCAAAGGAGGACAGCAAUGUGACGGACCUCUUCAAGUCCCUGCUCUCCCUGUCCCGCUUUCUGCCAGCCAGCAGUAGUGGGAGCGGGGGCAGCGGGGGCGGCGGCGAGGCGGCGCCCAGCGGUUUCAAGCGGCGUUCAUCGGCAUACGUCAGCGCAUCGUCCAGUCGCAAUAAAAAUCGGAUGAACAGCCCGGCUCUGGGAGGCGCCAGCGGCAGUGGCGACAAGAAGGGCUCCAGCCUCGUGGACGCCGUCGAUGUCGCCACCACCAGUGCGGAGGCCAAGCUGAAGCCGCGUUCCAGAUCGCUCAUACGCCGCGCAUCACGCAAGACCAAGCAGCAAAUCAACAACGCAUCCGACGACUGCAACGUGCAGUAAACCGUUAUUUUGGCCGCUAGCGCCGCGCUUAAUUAUGUUAUUUAGUUAUUAUGGUUGCCACAAUGAGAAUUAAUAAUGUACGCCAGUUAAUUAGCGUGCAUAAACAAGUGCCGCCGUAUUUAUUUUCGGUGCACUGAGCUGAACAUGCUGAUAAAGCUACCGAACUCACAAAAACCACUUGCUCAAGGGUAGAACAAUUUCGAUGAAUUUGCCACUCUGUAAAACAUUUUAUAGUUUGUAACUAGAGCUUCAAAACGAUGCCGUCAUUACACUGGCCUGAGAAUAUAAAUAUUUCGAAAGCUACUUUGAUUAGGUAAAUUUGUAUUUCAGUAUGAAAAGAUUUCAUAGCUUCUAAGCCAUGAGAGAUCAAUAUCCUUAACAACAGGCAAAACAUAGCGCAUACAAAUAUCAACAGCAAACAAUUAUGCGUCCGUUGCGAUCCGGUGUCAUAGCGGCAUAAUAGAUAACCGAUUAUUCCGACAUUGAGCUUACUUGCGAGGCAUUGUGCACACAAAACGAUUUGAGUUUCGCUUAAUAAGGUCGGAAGGGACCAGGUUUAUUUAAAUUUGAAUUUAAUUUUGAUUUCUCCCAUGGGAGAAGGGAGUUUGAAGACUCGUAGCGCCGUUAAAGGAGUUCCUUUUGAUGGCUAAAUAAUAGCUCAGUCGCGUUGUUCGUGGUUUUUCGAGGGAGGACUAAGUAAAUGCGUUUUCGACUGGCUGAUUGUCUUAAUAUUGUGACAGGUGCCAUAGCCCUAAGGUACAUUCUAUGAUACUAAUUUAUGAAUCUCUAUCUGCACCCUUAGCCUACACCAUGGUUAAUAUUUGAACCUUCAGUCCCCCUCAGUCCCCUUCAGUUAAUUCAGCCCCGAUAUGAAUGUUUAUAUUGGCUUGGGCAGAACUCGUACGUUUCGAAUCUGCAGUAAAACGCAGCACGGAAUCGCAACUUUUGCACAAGUAAGGAAUUUUCGCGGCAUUCUCCUCGGUUCCAGCCACGUAAAAUAACAGGAACUUUAGCAGAGAGCGCAGAACAAUUUACUAUGCAAAAAACGUAAUUGCAAAAUAAAUUUGAUGGGGAGGGUCCCGAAUGCUUAUCAAGGAUAAUACAGGGUGAACUUCUUAUGCCAAAAUGCCAAAUCAAAUUGCCCACAAUGCACAUCCUGUUCGCAGGAGGCGUACGGAAGAGAGUAAUCGAUAAAUCUGUUUUUAAUACGAAACUUGUAUCCUUUGGCACAAGCUACACUUGCAGCUGGAUAAGUGGUGCGUGGGUGUGUUCGUCAGUGUGUGAUAAGAGUCCUUUGUGUUUGUU